UUUGGAUAAGAUUGUUUUUCUUUUUAUCUUGAAAAAGCAAGAUAGUUAUUUUGGGACCCAAAACACUGCCACUCAUCAUUUCUAUAUAUGAAAACCUGAUCCUCAAUCCUCUUCAAUUCAUUACAACAACAACGUCGUAUUCCAACCUAUCAUGCUCUCAGUAUCAUUCCCCUCAUCUCUCAGCACCGCCGCUAUUUUCCCCCGCAAAACCAUCUCAUCAAAACCCUGCCACGUUACACCGCGAAGAGUUUUCGUUUCUGCCACCGCCACCACUACCGAAGCUAUCUCUACUCAGCUUCCUCACCGCAUGGCUUCCUCCUCGCUUUACGAGAUUCUUGGAAUUGAGGCUGCCGCUUCCGAUCAGGAGAUUAAGGCGGCAUACCGGCGACUCGCGAGAGUUUCUCAUCCUGACGUGGCGGCGGUUGAUCGGAAGAAUUCUUCGGCGGAUGAGUUCAUGAAGAUUCAUGCUGCGUACUCGACUUUGUCGGAUCCUGAGAAGCGUGCGAGUUAUGAUAGAAGUUUGUUCCGGCGUCGGCAACCGCUGACGGCGAGUAGAUUUAGUGGAUACAGUUGUCGGAACUGGGAAACGGACCAGUGCUGGUAGCGAGUUGACCCGGACUGAGUUGAAUUGUAUCUUAAGGCUCGGUUAUUAGUAUUAGAGAGUAUUUUAUUCUUAGUUAUCAGUAAUUACGAGUUAAAGUUAAUGACUAGAUUGUAUAUUUGUAUAUUAAUAAGUAUUUAUAAGUAUUAUAAUAUGUUUGUUUUUGUAUCUAUUUAUACGAGUGGAUUAUAGAAACUUCUUUUCAAA